AUGGAAAGGUGUGAGGUCGGAGGGAGGCACACCCGGCACGAAAUGGGAACGCCCGACCCGGAGCUUUUUGUUCAGUACUUGGCUACAUACUCCUACAAACAUGGCAGAGGCAAGGAGAAGAAUGCUCUCACUUACAGUGACCUGUCUCACACUGCAGAAGAGUGUGAGACCUUUCAGUUCCUUGCAGAUAUCUUGCCAAAGAAGAUCCUUGCUAGCAAAUACCUAAAAAUACUUGAAAAAGAGAAGCGAGAAGGAGAAGUGAGGGAAGAUGAUGAGGAGGAUGAGGAGGAAGAGGAUGAAGACGAACCUGUUGAUGAAGAUGCUGGAUCUUAA